GCUUGGAGCAGAUCAGAGACAGACUGAAAUGGUCUGCAUGUUUGGAUCUUUUUGAUGUUCGCUGGAGAGGAAAACAUCUGAUGAUCAAAGAGAUGGAAGCGCUUUAAUUCCGCUGUCAGCAAAAAACAAAAACCUUCAACACGGUCCUGGAAAAAAGGACAAAGUUUACGACAGAGGCUAUAAAGUUUAAAACGUUUUCCAGAAGUUUCCGAGGAGAAAGAUAGUUUGGAAAAGUCUUGGAGCAGUUUUGUUGGGAGUUUUCAGAGAUGUCUGGAGGAGCGGAGAAAAGCGAAAACAUUCCUGACGCGUCUGCAGGAAAAGGAAUCCCGAACGGAGGAAACUCUGCAAAGACCCAGGAGGAUUUUGACCUGGCCACCAUCUACGUGUCAGAUGCCCAGAACAACAGAAACAUUUACUUUGACACGUCCCCUCAGGCUGUCAGACUCUACCUCCUCUACAACCACUGGAUCCUAAAGGUCCUGCUGUUCUUCUUCAUCCUGGUCACCCUGUCCCUGGCCAUAUUCGAGGAGCCGGCUGUGUUCUCUCUGCCCACGUGGGUCACCAUGCUGGUGGAGCUGCUCUGCCUGCUGGUCUUCACCGUGCGACUGGUCCACUACGCCAAGGUGAUUCCCAGAGACAAAUUCUGGAAGGACCCCAAAAACAUCUGCAUCAUCGCCGUCCUCUUGGGAAUCGACGAAAGGAGCAUUUGCCCGUCAGUAGGCCUGACGACCAUCGAAGGAACUCCCUACUUCACCAACUACCUGGACAUCGUGUUUGAGCUGUACGUCCUCGUCACCACAGCCAACAGCCCCGACGAGGAGAUACGGCAGCUGGUGAGGGCCAAGCGGCACAAGAUGGCGCGAGCGUUCGGCGUCCUGCAGGAGCAAAGGGAGGGAAGCGGGCCGCCUGUGGUCAGCCACGAGAACUGGACCAAGCUGGUCCGACAGGUGCGACCCGACAUCAGCGACCCACACAGAGAGCUGCUGUGGAGAGUCUGCGAUGACGACAACCAAGGCUUCAUAGGCAAAGUGGCUUUUGUGCAGCUGGCUGACCUCCUGAAUAUUGAAGUGAUCACACUCAAGUCCAGACCACACCCACUUCAGAGUUUAUUCCCCAACUUGUACGAGUCGGCUCCGAGCCGCUUGCUCUGCAGAGUGGUCCAACACCGGGGAUUUGUCAUCACUUUCGACCUGAUCAUCAUGGUGAACGCCGUGUUUAUCGGCCUGGAUGAGGAGAAUCCACUGAUCUCCAACUCUGAGUGGGCUUUUCUGGCUCUCUACGUUCUGGAGAUCCUGCUAAAGCUCUACGUCUUUGAGCCCAGGGCCUUCUUCUCCAAACACAGCUUCUGGAACUGGUGAGAGCCAGCUUGUUGCCUACAGCAAUAAUUAUCCACUUCUGACUUUAAUGGAUUCCUAGUCUCUUCUGGUGCAGCUGGCGGCUACACGAGCCGGCAGGUUCUGGACAUUGUCUUCAUCCUGCGAGUCCUCAGGUUGAUCCGGGUGGUGGACAGCAUCAAAAGGUUUCGUACAAUCAUCAAUACGCUGAUCAGAAUUGGACCGGCAAUUCUCACAUUUGGACAGCUCAUCCUCGUGGUGUAUUACGUAUUUGCCAUGGUGGGGAUGGAGCUGUUCAAAAACAAAGUGAGGUUCUUUCCAGACUCCAGCCAUCCGGAAGCGGCGUACUGUGGAAACCCUUUACUGAACGGCAGCACCUUCGCACAACUCAACUACUGCAAAAACAACUUCAAUAACGUCCUGUCCUCCUUCGUCCUGCUGUUGGAGCUCACCGUGGUCAACCAGUGGCAUGUGCUCAGCAACGGGUUUGCCACCGUCACUCAUAAAUCAGCCCUGAUCUUCUUCGUCCUGUUCCACGUCAUGGUUGUGAUCGUCAUCAUCAAGGAGAAGCUGGAGGAUAAUUUGGUUAACGCCAUGGAAACCAUGGAUAACGACUUGGGGAAUGGGCAGUCACCCACAGCAAACCUGCCUACGCUUCUAUUUAAGGUGGCCUCAAAAAGGUACAGGACGGUGGACGCUUUGUUGCAGCGGAUGUUCGAGGCUGAUCUCGACCCGGAAGAUUUUGCCGAGAAUGACAUUCCUGAAGAGCCGACUGGAAACUUUGCAAACCCAACUUUUGGCGCAGCAUAGAUGAAACUGUCUAGUUAUCUAUUCAACCAUGUAUGAAAGGGAAACUGUAUCAUUAGACGUACGUUUGCAUGUUGAAAUGUGCGGCUUGAGCCGGUGCAAUGUGUCAUCUGUGCGAUCGUGUCAUUAUUUUAUUUUUAUACUUGCUUCCAGGAGAAAAUUGUAGACGCGAAAACAAAUUUGUAUUUUCAGAUAAAAGAAUAUUUACACAGAUGUCUUAAGUGUUGACUAUUUAAAUAAAAAACAAAAAAAAUUUGAGAAGC